UUCACAAUAACGCCCUCACAUCCACACUAAUUUAUCACCGCAACCACGCACCUCAACUCAAGGGCUUCCAACUAUCUCUCCCUGCAUUACCAAGCUCAAGCUCAGCACCACCAGGCUCAAACCCAUCAAAAUUAGGUGAUUUCCUUGAUUUCACCCAAUUUACUUGCUGCAAAUAUGGCUGACCAAACCCUUCACAUUGCCAUGUACCCUUGGUUUGCCAUGGGGCACCUGACCUCAUUUCUGCACAUCUCCAACAAACUUGCUCAAAGAGGCCACAGAAUCUCCUUCUUUUCACCAUCAAAAGUACAACAAAAGUUGGAGGCUUUUAAUCUCCACUCUCAUCGCAUUUCCUUCAUCCCAAUCGACGUCCCACAUGUCGACGGCCUUCCUCCCGGCACCGAAACCACAGCCGACGUUCCUUCCCUCUUGCAGCCUCUCCUCGUGACCGCCAUGGACCUCACACGCCCUGCCAUUGAACAAGCACUUUGUGAGCUCAGGCCCAACUUUGUUUUCUUUGACUUCACACAUUGGCUGCCCGAGUUGUUGCAUAAGCUGGAUAUAGGCAUCAAGUCUGUGUAUUACUGCACAAUUAGUCCGGUAACUGUGGGGUUUCUGAUGUGCCCGGAAAGAAAACUUUUGGAAAUAUCAUUGACAGAAGCUGAUCUUAUGGAGCCUCCACCAUCUUUCCCUGCAUCAUCAAUCAAGCUACAAACCCACGAAGCUCGAGCGCUGGUGGGCGCCUCAUUGAUGGAAUUUGGGCGUGGGGUUACAUUCCUGGAACGCCAAAUGGGCUCUUUUAGCAACUGUGAUGCCAUUGCUUUCAAAACUUGCAGAGAAAUGGAAGGGCCUUAUUGUGAUUAUGUUGAAACCCAGUUUGGAAAGCCAGUGAUUCUUGCAGGGCCGGUGGUGCCAGAGUCCCCAACUACAGAGUUAGAUGAGAAAUGGGCAAAAUGGUUUGAUGGGUUCAAAGCCAAAACCGUGAUAUACUGUGCGUUUGGCAGUGAAUGCAUUCUGAACAAGGCUCAGUUGCAGGAAUUGCUAUUGGGUUUUGAGCUUACGGGUCUGCCAUUCUUCGCAGCCCUGAAGCCACCCAUGGGAGUCGAAUCGAUUGAGGCAGCAUUGCCAGAAGGGUUUGAAGAGAGGGUGCAAGGAAGAGGAAUUGUUCAUGGGGGUUGGGUUCAGCAGCCAUUGAUAUUGAAGCACCCUUCUGUGGGGUGCUUUGUGACCCAUUGCGGUUCGGGGUCUUUAUCGGAGGCUCUGGUGAAUGAGUGCCGAUUGGUGCUGCUGCCAAAUAUGGGAGAUCAGAUCAUCAAUGCAAGAAUGAUGAGCAGGGAUUUGAAAGUGGGAGUGGAGGUUGAGAAAGGAGAUGAAGAUGGGGUGUUUACAACGGAGGGUGUCUGCAAGGCUGUGAAAACUGUGAUGGAUGAUGAGAGUGAGGUAGCCAAAGAGGUGUGGACCAACCAUGCUAAGUGGAGGGAGUUUCUCUCAGGCAAAGAGCUUGAGAACUCUUGCUUAAAUAGCUUUGAACAGAAGCUGCAGCAACUGCUUCAAUGAAUUUUCUCUCUAAUCUCCACAGUCCUCUCCUGGUGCCUCUCCUUCUGCCCUUUGGGGCGGCUCCCCCGCCACCUCUGGUGUGGCUACUCUGACUCCUUUUUGUGUGGCUCUUUUCCUUUCCUUUCCUUUUAGUUUUUCCCUUUGAAAGCCCUUCCUCUCUUGUAUUUUCUCACACUUCUCCAUCUGAAAUUCCUCUCCCAUUGCUCCAUCACUUCUCCCUCGUCUCUCUGUCCUCUCACCCCUCCACAACUCCGUCUACCCGUGUCUCUCCUCCCACCAAAUCUCAAACCCAAAUGCCCUAUAUCCCUAAAAUUUACUUGAUUUGACACUCAAUUGCUGCGGUUGUUUUAGUCCAUCAACCCUUUCUCAGAUCUAAGACUUGGAUUUGCACUUGUGGGCUCUGUUUAUCCAUGGUCAUUUUUUACCACUACUUGAUUGAUCGCUUGAGUAUGAUGCAUGGUCGCCUGCUCCCCAAAAUCCACACUCUUCAAAUCUCCUCUUCCCGGGGGUUUUUGUAUAUUGUGGGCUUUUGUUGUUUCAGCCUCCUAUUUUGGUGUUUAGGUUAAUCGUUUUAUUAGUCCUUGAACUUUGAUUCGA